UAAACGUUAACACUAAAAAAAUAGAAUAAAACUAAAUAAAUAUGCCUUUAACAAAAUCAUGUUUAAGUGCUCAUGAUCAGCAGGUGCUAGAAUCUAUAUUCAAUCCAUUGGAAUUGACUUCUUCUUUGGAGGCUCAAUUAAUAAAUCCCGACUCCUCAGAAACAUUAGUGGAUAAUGAUGGUAAUUUAGAGUGUGAGCCGGAGAUACUAAAACAAUCUAAACAGCUGGAAAUAGAAGCUGUUAAAUUGGCCGAAGAACAGAAAUUGGAAGAGGCUUUAAAGAAGUUUUCAGAGUCUUUAGAGUUAACACCAAAACGAGCUUCGAUUUAUAAUAAUCGAGCCCAGGCUUUGAGAUUGGCUGGCAAAGAUGAGGCUGCUUUAGACGAUCUUAAUCAUGCUCUUGAGCAUAGUUUAACUCAAUCAAAAACGAAAUGUCAUGCAUUGUGUCAACGUGGAGUGCUGUAUAGAAAACAAAAAAAAUUAGAAGAAGCCCGCACAGAUUUCGAAGCAGCCGCCAAAAUGGGCAGUAAAUUUGCCAAACAGCAGUUGGUGGAAAUCAAUCCCUUUGCAGCACUAUGUAAUCAAAUGUUAAGACAAGCUUUUGAGCAAUUGGAGAAAUAAAACAGUAAAGAGAGAGACAGGGAUAGAGAGCAACAGAAAGCAGAGAAGAGAAAGGAAAUUAAGAUAUAGUUGUAAUUAAGUUUGUUUUUGUAUGUUUUAAUUACAAAAACAUGCAAUAAAUUGAUGAAUGAAAUAAAUAAUUUUUGUAUUUAGUUUCCUUUUGCGUUACAUAGGGAGGGUGUCCUUUUGUAAGCCACCUUUUUCCUUAAGCCUCGAUUAUUUAUCAAGCUAAAAUUUCAAAAUAAAAACAAAUAUAACGGAAUAUUAACAACAGAGCAUCAAUAUAUCAUGUGAAUUAGUCUCGUGUUGAAAUCGAUCAUCAUUGAUUUACAACUUGUUGCUUGCAUAUAAAAAUAAAUUUCAUUAAAAAACGUUCAAAAA